AUGGCUGAAAAUAAGUUUUUAUUGGAAUUAUCACAAAAUUUACUCGAAAGUUUAGAGGAUAAUGAAUUCUACGAUGUUACAAUUGAAGGAUUAUAUGUAGAUUUAGUUAAAUAUUUCUUAGACAAUGAUCAUAGGCCAAGUGAUAAAUUGAUUAAAGCGACUAUAGGGAAGGAUAUUGAAAGUAAAAAUGAAGUUGGGAUGGACAUUAAUUGUUCAAAUGAGUCGAACAUGAUGGAGGGUAUGACUUUUACUGCGUGUUCAAAAUUUAGUGAUAAAUCACGAAAUUCAGUAGAAAUUGGAAGAAAACAAUUUCGUAUAAAAAAAUUAUAG